CCCUUCAGUUAAUCUGUUCGUUGACCAAGUUUAAUUCAAAUUCAAUUCAAUUUUAAUUUAUUUUAUCUGCAUGCGAAUGCAUGAGAUCACUCCAAUUUAUCCACAUCUUAUCUCCAUUAAUAAAAUCCUCUAUAUAUACUCGACCACCUCUUGGUCAUCUUCUUCCUCAUCAUCUCCAUUUGAUUGAUCUCGUCGUCGUCGUUGACGUCAUCAAUGGCGGGUGGUUUCGCCGUCGAGGCCAAGGUCGCCGGCGGCGGCGAGCGGCGGGAGUUCAAGGGGAAGAUCACGUGGUACGUGUGGCUGUGCGGCAUCAUCGCGGCGACGAGCGGGCUCAUGUUCGGCUACGACGUCGGCAUCUCCGGCGGCGUGACCGCCAUGGACGGCUUCCUGAUCAAGUUCUUCCCGUCGGUGUACGCGCGGAAGCACCGCGCGAGGGAGAACAACUACUGCAAGUUCGACGACCAGCGGCUGCAGCUGUUCACCUCGUCGCUGUACCUCGCCGCGCUGGCCGCCAGCUUCGCGGCGUCGAGGCUGUGCACGCGGCUGGGGCGGCGGCGCACGAUGCAGCUCGCGUCGGUGUUCUUCCUCGGCGGGACGGCGCUGUGCGCCGGCGCGGCGAACCUGGCGAUGCUGAUCGUGGGGAGGAUCUGCCUCGGCGUCGGCGUCGGGUUCGGCAACCAGGCGGCGCCGCUGUUCCUGUCGGAGAUCGCGCCGGCGCACAUCCGCGGCGCGCUCAACAUCCUCUUCCAGCUCGACGUCACCAUCGGCAUCCUCAUCGCCAACGUCGUCAACUACUUCACCUCGAGCGCCCACCCGAGCACCGGGUGGAGGUACUCCCUCGGCGGCGCCGGAGUGCCCGCGGCGGUGCUGUUCCUGGGCUCGCUGGUGAUCACCGAGACGCCGACGAGCCUCGUGGAGCGCGGGCGGCGCGACGCCGGGCGCGCCACGCUGGAGAGGAUCCGCGGCACGCGCGACGUCGGCGACGAGCUGGACGAGAUCGCGCGCGCAUGCGAGGCGGCGGCGGCGCUGAGCGCGGAGGAGUCGGCGUACCGGAGGCUGCGGCGGCGGGAGUCGAGGCCGCCGCUGGUGAUCGCGGUGGCGAUGCAGGUGUUCCAGCAGUUCACGGGGAUCAACGCCAUCAUGUUCUACGCGCCCGUGCUAUUCCAGACCAUGGGGUUCAAGAGCAACGGGUCGCUGCUCUCCGCCGUCGUCACCGGCGGCGUCAACGUCGUCUCCACGCUCGUCUCCAUCGUCGCCGUCGACAAGAUCGGCCGCCGCAGGCUCCUCCUCCAGGCCUGCGGCCAAAUGCUCAUCGCACAGACAGCGGUGGGGGCGAUCAUGUGGGAACACGUGAAGGCGAACGGCAAUCCGGGCGAGAAGUGGGCGGUGGCGAUCGUGGUGCUCAUCUGCGUCUACGUCUCGAGCUUCGCGUGGUCGUGGGGGCCCCUGGGGUGGCUAAUCCCGUCGGAGACAUUCCCCCUGGCGACGAGGACGACGGGGUUCUCCUUCGCCGUGAGCUCCAACAUGCUCUUCACCUUCCUCAUCGCGCAGGCCUUCCUCUCCAUGAUGUGCAGUAUGAAGGCCUUCAUCUUCUUCUUCUUCGCUAUCUGGAUCGUUAUCAUGGCCGCCUUCGUCUUCUGGCUGCUGCCGGAGACGAAGGGGGUGCCCAUCGACGAGAUGGUCGACACGGUGUGGCGCCGCCAUUGGUUCUGGAAGAGGUUCUUCACCGAUGCCGGGGAUGGCAGGAUUGGUAACUGCUGAUGGAUGGGUUUGAAAUUUGAUUUGAUUUGAAGAUCCAUUGAUGAAAUCAAGUCAAAUUGAAAUUAGUUUUACCUAUUAUUUAUGAGUAAUCGGAAUGUAGUAAUUUAUUUGGGUGUGGAUGAUUAUGAUGAGAUGAACUACGUACUCUCAAAUUCACAUUCAAAUUAUUGAGAGGCAUGCGUACAUGUACCGAUUUAUUCCUCGAGCGAGUAUUCAGUAUAAUUGCAAAUGAAGGCAAUAAUAUAUAUAGCAAA